AAAAAAAGUCUACGGGGUUUUCCUUCCGUCUCGCCGCCGUGACAGGGCUGAGGAGGAAGAAGAAGAAGAUGAGGUCGAAGGCUGAUGAAUUGGACAGACCGAGAAAGAGAAGAAGAGUCAUGGUCAGGCCCGAUUCUAACAAGUCAUGCGGGUUUGAGAAUCUCACUGAGGAUCUAUUGAUGGAGAUACUGGUGAAGUUAUCGGCGAAAGAGAUGACGAGGUCGAUGUGCGUGUCACAGCUCUGGUAUAACGUAAUCUCCUCCCGCUACUUUACCAACCUUUUCCUUGAAUCACCAUCAUCCUCGAAACCACCACGUUUGCUCCUCUCUCUUGUGGACCAUGAAGACCAGCGCAAGUAUGCAUUCCUCUCAACAUCAUCAUCAUCAUCGCCGCAGCAUGAUCAGUCUGCCUCUGUAAUAGACCAAGAUCUGGACAUGCCCGGACUCCGAGGCUACUUCGUGAAUGCUCUUCGUGGCUUGCUCUGUGUCAGACUUGGGAGAAAAUUGCGAAUCUGUAACCUCACCACCAAGCAGCGCGUGACUUUGCCCAUCAUAACAUCAACACUUUUGGCUGAACCUAAUAAUGACAACAAUAUUUGGAGCUUUUUUGGGCACGAAUCUGUUUAUGAUGAAUACAAAGUGCUGAGCAUAGUUUGGGAUGUGAGCAAGGAAGACGGGAUAGUUAGAUGUGAGCAUCAGGUGUUGGUACUUGGUCCUGGAGCUUCUUGGAGAAGCCCUUAUACUACUAGUACCAUUCCUCCUCAUCGUCCUUUCUCACAAGGUAUCUCCAUCAACGGUGUUUUGUACUACGGAGCUUGGACUGAUGCAAAUAGAUGUGUGGUUGUGAGUUUUGACUUGAUUUCUGAAGAGUUCAGUUUGAUUGAAUUACCCAUUAAGGCUGGCAUAGUCUGGCAUACAUAUCGCUCUAACAUUGUCAACUACCAAGGCAAGUUAGCUGUUUUUGAUUACUCCCAACUUGCGUCUAAUGCAACUGUGGACCUGUGGGUUAUGGAGGAUGAGGGGAAGAUGAAUUGGUCUAACAAGACUCUGGUCUUCCCCCUUUCCAGUAUCAAUUUUGUCCAAGGCGAGAGGUUGGGGAUCCUAGGGACUGGCCGUUGCAGUGAGAUUAGGCUGGCAAAGACAAAUCUCUUAUCUUUUCAACCGAGACCUUUUGUCAUUUAUGAUUUGAACAGGAACCAAAUAACAAGAAGCUUUGAAAUAAGUCGACCACCAUAUCUUUGCUUUUUGGGAAUAAACAAGGGUUUUCAAACCAAUUUCUGGGAGGAUGAUAUUGAGAGCAUUUUGUAUUUGGAGACCUAAAUUAUACCCUUGUAACUCAAUCAUAUACACUUUUGCAUAAGUUUGAACAAUAUCAUUUUGA